GUCGGCUUUUAUUUCGUCGUCCGUUUCAAACAUCAGAGGGAAUCUUAAAAUGCCAACCAGACCUGCACUGCAGCUGCAGCUUCUUCCUCCUUCUUCCCUUCUUAAAGGAAACUCAUCAGAAUUUUAAACUCUAAAUACAACUCUCUCCUUCUCUUUGUCCCAUGACAAACAAGUAACUCUCUCUGUAACACGAAGCAUUAGCCGAGUUCUUGAUUGAAAUCCAUUUUUCUGGGCGACCCUGUGUUUAUUUGCUUCAAAUUUACCCAGAAAACGGAAUAAUCAAAGCAGGAACUUCGAGAAGCUUAGGCGAAGAGAUGGUGAUGAAGGAGAGGGAUGAGGAACUCGCUCUGUUCCUCGAGAUGCGGAGGAGGGAGAAAGAGAAUGAGAAAAACAACCUUUUCCUUCUUCAGAACUCCAACGAGCUUGAUGGAUCUAAUCUGGAAUCUAAUCGGGUUAGUUCUCCCAUUUCUAAGACGGUAACUUCGGCGGUGCCGCGGAAAACGGGCGCUGAUGAGUUUCUAAAUUCAGAGAAUGAGAAGUCUGAUUAUGAUUGGCUUCUGACGCCACCUGGUACACCUCUUUUUCCUACAUUAGAGGAGUCACAGAUAUCAAUAAAGAGUGAAAAGGAGAUUCCUACUGCUCGUUCAACAGCUUUAAAAGCUCGGCUAGCUAAUGUUCAAUCAGAACCUGCUUCAAAAACCAAUAUUAGCUCCAAGCAUCAUGCAGCAGCAAUGUCUGGCCUUGGUUCUUCUAAUACUGCUAGUAACAGGAGAACCUCAUCAUUUGGGGGGACAACCUCAGCCGCUUCCAGAUCUGUGACACCAUCUGGAAGGCCAACAUUGCCUUCAACAACCAAAUCCUCUAGACCCUCUACCCCUACAUCCCGGGCCACUGUAACUUCGGCUAAGCUUGUAGCUCCACAUGCGAGAUCAUCCACUCCUACUGGAACUAGGGCCACUGCUCCACCUGUGAGAUCAUCCACUCCUACUGGAACUAGGGCUAGGGCUACUGCUCGUGCCUCAACGCCAACAUCCAGACCUUCUUUAACAGCUCCUGAGACUACUCGAAGAUCAUCAACUCCAACCCUUAGAUCUUCAACCCCAUCAAGUGCAAAUGGAGUGUCUACACCUGCCUCUCGAUCUUCAUCAGCAUCAAAAGCACGCCCAGCACAAGCAAAAAAUCCAGUGCAAUCACGUGGAAGCUCUCCAUCUGCAAAAUCUAGGCCUUGGGAACCCUCACAGAUGCCCGGGUUUUCACUUGAGGCUCCUCCAAAUUUGAAGACAUCGUUGCCAGAAAGACCAGCUUCAGCCUCUAGGACUAGACCUGGUACACCUAAUUCUAGACCAUCUUCCCUUGAGGCCGCAGCUCGUAGUGAUGGAAAAUCGAGAAGACAGUCAGGCACUCCUUCCAGAGGAAGGGCUUCGACUGGGGUUGCUCAAAGUAACUAUAACUCCAUUCAAGCUCUGAGUAGAUCUCGUUUCACUGAUGGUGAUAAUGAUAGCCCGGUUGUAGUCGGGACUAAAAUGGUUGAGAGAGUUGUAAACAUGAGAAAAUUGGCACCACCGAAGCAUGAAGAUCGUCAUUCUGCCCACAGCAGUUCCGGCAAGUCUUCAUUGUCUGAAAGCUCAGGAUUCGGAAGAACACUUUCAAAGAAAUCCUUAGAUAUGGCAAUGAGGCAUAUGGACAUUAGGCGAAGCAUUAAGGGGAACCCGAAGCCACUUGUGACAAGCAUUCCAGCUUCCUCUAUGUACAGUGUGAGAUCAGCUGGUUCAUCAAAUAGCAGGACAGUAAAUGUUUCUGAUUCUCCUGUUGCCACUAGCAGCACUGCCAGUUCUGAACCAAGUGUAAAUUUCAAUUCCGUCUCCUAUGAUGGAAGUGAGAUUGAAGAAAAUGAUCUGGCAAGUGAUAGGGGAAACUCUUCACCUGCUAGUCAUCACAGCAGGUGAUCCAUGGAACCACAGGUCCAGUUGUAUAUGGUAGUAAAGCUAGCAUAGAUAUUCAAAUGCCAAUGAAGCACCGAUACUUCAAAGAUGGAGUCGUGUUAUUUCUAGCAGAGUCAUCAGGCAUGAUAUGAAACUUCUGCAGCUUGACACAAUAUAUUUAGUUGUGUCACUGUCUUUAUUGUAGUUUAUUUGUAUCAGAAUCUGUGCUUCUCAAACUGCUCAUGUCUCUAUUGUUCUAAUGUCCUAUGUAAUACACUCUAAGGGCAUGCCUUGAGAAAUUGAUUUCUCUUAGUUGGAGAUAUCACAUAUAAGCAUACUUGUGGCCUGGGGACUAUUAGUACUGAAAAUUGGCCGCUAUUAAUUGAAGAGCUCCUUCAAUUGUUAUCCGAACUGCAUCUGCUGAAUGAUUCUUUUUUUUAAUGGGAAUUUGCAUCCAAAACAUGUUUUAGCUGAAA